UCUCAAUCAGCUGGAUAAUAUGGAGUCCCGCGUGCUUGAAAGGGGACUCGACCACACCGGUCCACGCGCAAUCAUGUCGCUACCAGAUAUUAUUUUAUCUGUCGUUGAGCCUCCCAUUUUACGCUCCAGCACGCGCAUCUCCUCCAAAAGUCCUCUGUUACAUUCCGGUCCUGAGCGGUCCUUUGCUUUUAGAACAGAUCAUGGCAACGGCGCAAGUGAGAUAGCAGCAAAGACGGGCCGUCUCCUGCUCCAACUGCUCUCCUUUCUUUGCUUUCGUCUACACUGUUAUAAUGAAUAAUUUUCGACCUGGAGGCUACUCGCGCCUCAUCUUCGGCAACCAAAACCCGCCACAUGGCAUUGCCACGGACAUCGAGUUAGAUAGCCCUCGAAAUGCGUCAAACGUGACAAGGCGUGAGCCUUCUCCAGGCUCCGCGUUGCUCGUGCCCACGAACACAUCAAAUCCGGAAGAAUCAGGGCAUCGGCUAAAUACACGGUGGAAUCCAUUCUUCUUGAGACAUUGGGUCCUGAUCACUUUUGCUCUCUUUUUCGCCGCUGUCAUUGCUGCCCUGCAAGUGGUGUACACGGUUUCGCAGAACAAUCAUGGAAUUGCUACGAGCAGUGACGGCGACCAUUAUUUGUGGACGUAUGGUCCCACGGCCGUGUUUGUGGUUGUCACUGUUCUUUGGCGUCAAGUCGACUAUGCCGCAAAAUCAAUCCAGCCCUGGGCGGAAAUGGCAAAAGGCCCUCAACGAGCAGAGAACAGUCUUCUUCUGGACUACGUCACGCCGCUCCAAGUCUCGUCGCUCUGGACAUCUUUGCGCCGUGGCCACUUCGCCGUUUCGUCCAGUAUUAUUGUCUUCCUCCUCAUCAAAGUUAUCACUGUCUUAAGCACUGGUAUGUUCAGCCUCCAGUCGGUCCAGAAGAACGGGGUUCCGACCUCAAUGGCCCUUAACAACACCUUUGAUGGGACGGAUUUUCAUCACGCAGAGUCGGUCGACUCGAGGGCUGCCUAUGUCGUCUACGGUCACAAGGCCUACAAUAUCAGCCUUCCCGUCGGCACGACCGACCAGCAUGCUGUUCAAAGCUUUGCCCCCAGCGAUGGAUUUGUCAAUGGCAGUCUUACAUAUUCUGCUGCGGUUGAUGUUUUCAGCGCCAACCUCAGCUGCGCAUCUGGGACUCUCAAGCACACUGCGGCUUUUGACGAACGUAGCAAUGCGCCGAUUUCCGCAUACUACAACACCUCAGUGACACUUCCAGACUGCCAAAUAUUCAAUGCAUACCUCGAUGCCCCGGAUUGGUUCUAUCUGCAGAACGACACUACUCCUCGAUUUGGUUACCGGGCUUCAUUGCAGAAUGUGACCUGCUCAAACCUGCCACUGGAUGAUCCGACAAGGUUUCGAUUCAUGAUUGCGACUGCAUAUUCAGAGGGCUUUAGCCAAAACAACAACACUUUGCUAAAGUCAGCCAACAUCGUCUGCGUUCCAUCAUACGCAAUCCAGUCCGCAGUGGUUGCACUCGAUACUCAGGGAAAUGUUCAAUCCGUCAAUCUGACCGGAAAGGCCCGUGGCCUGAAUGGUCUCAGCGCCGUUGACAUCGCUGAUGGAGUUUUGGCAACGACGCAACAAGCCUCUACAAUUUCCACUUUGACAUCGGAGAAUGUAACCUUGGACGUCUUCACAACUAUGAUGCAGCAAGAUACGGUCAACUUUAAAGCCGAUGAUCUCCUUGAUACCACCUAUCUCAACACCACCGCGAAUGGAAUAUACGGGAAAAUCGCAGCGCAACUCGCAAACCUCUAUUUACUUUCUGAUACAGCUAAAAAUGCUGGCCCGGUCAUAGAAGGAACAAUCUCAAAAGAUGAGAGCCGUCUCAUCGCUAGACAAAUCCCAAUCAGGAUCAUGCAAGGCGUCGCCGCAUUGAUGGUCUUGCUCAUUGUUAUCAUCUUAUUCGUUCGCCCAAGGGGCGUGGUGCCCAGGAGUGUCGACUCCAUCGCUGCAGUUGCUGCAAUUCUUGCUCGCAGCCCAGCAUUGGAGGCGCGUCUCCGAGGCACUGGUCACCGGAGCUUGGACGAGCUUCGCGAGAUUCUCGCGCCACAUAGGUUCAUGACCGCUACCGGAUAUGAAGACGGAGCGCGAACCUUCUCGAUUCGAAUGUUCACCAGAGCUGAAUCAGGACUACAUGGAUCACCGGUACACGGCGACUCGGGGGUCUCUCAGAACAUCAGAUGGACUCGACCUUUCAUUCUGCGCAGAAUUGGCAUGUCAUCCACUAUCCUGGCGUCCAUCGCCGCCAUUAUCGCCCUGGAAGUCCUUUUGUCGCAGUCACAAGCACAUAACGGUCUAGGCAACGUAAACGACAACAGCGCAACCAGAUACUCUUGGUUGUAUGUGCCAGUCUUGGUCUUCCUCCUGCUAGCGACCCUCUUCAACGUCAUGGACUUCGAGAUAGAAUUCACCGAAUCUUUCCACGCCCUCGCAAAAGCCGACUGCGAAGCUAGUUCUUCGAUGCUUUGGUAUCCAUUAAGGCAUGUGUCUCUACACGCCACUUAUAACGGUCUCCGGCACAGCCGCUUCGCCUUAACUGCAGCAUCUGUCUCGGCUGUUCUCGCUCCCCUUCUCACCAUCAUUGUGUCUGGCCUAUUCACCGCCAAGGCGACCAUUCAGGGCAUUCCCGUCCAGGUAAAUGCCUUGGACUGGUUCAAUACCACCACGUUAGUCGACACUACCACGAACGUCCCACUCCUUGUCAUUGAAGGCAACAUGUCAUAUCCCAAAUGGACCUACUCCGAGGUUGCGGUCCCCAAGCUUAGUCUCUUGGGGGACGACACAAACGACGUGCUUCAGCUGGGUGGUACCAUAUCUGUAGAUACACCUGCGAUUCGAGGAGGAGUGACGUGCAAUGUUGUUCCUAAGGACCGAAUCUUGAAUACCACCAUUAGUGGCGGGUACCUCUCUUCCAAUAUCAGCACACCGGAUGGUUGUGGAAACAGCGGCACUAUCAAUUCUGCAUAUACCUGGCUCUAUUCCAAUAUGCAGGUUCCAGUCAACACGUCCGGGUACUUCGGCUCGACGUUGGUGUUGGGAUUUCUCGACACUUGCCCUACACUUGCCUUGUAUUACGGCCAUGUCACAGAUAACCAAAUCGACCACUUCAUCCCGGUCUUGUGCACUCAAUAUCUGGAGCGGGUACAGACAAACGUGAGCUUCAAUCUGCCCGACUUUUCAAUCUCCACCAACCCAGUGGUGCACCCGGGCUCGGCAAUCAAGUUUUCCAAGUAUUAUACUGGUUUCCCCACGCUGCAGGUCUUGAAUGUCACAUCGACAGCAGACGAGCUUGACGACACCUUUAAUGCCAUGGUUUAUGGCAAGGAUGGAACCCCGACGAUUGAGCUGUUGGAUGAGAGCACAUUGAUCUCAUCAUACACGCACUUGUAUCGCCAGUACAUGGCUCAAGUGGUCAACAGCUUCCUCCGCGCAGAUUUCUCCACCCUCUCUAACAACGCAACCGAGACCGUGGUCAAUCCUCUGCAGGCGGCCUACGUCAAUCCUCGCCAUUUCCGUCUCGUCCAGUCGCCUCUGUCCACUCAUUUGCUGGUGGGUGUUGUCGGGGCAUUGUUGAUCUGUGCGCUCGUGGUCUUCAUUACCAUUGACAUGCGCAAUGUCCUGCCUAAGCCCGUUGGGAGCAUCGCUGCUGUGGCCAGCUUGCUGGCAGGUUCCCGAAUCGUAGACCCGAGAUCUGGCAUGGUUCCCCCAGGCUCCGAGUACUGGUCGGAUGACGAAUGGGAGAAGAGGGGGAUCUGGCAGAGCGAGAUGUUUAGGAUGGGUUGGUGGAAUAAAUUCCAGCAACCGGUCGAUUCGUGGAGAGGGAAAGGGGAGAACAGGACAACCGUACGAUCGGGCGAGGGUCACAUCAACGAUUCCAGCGACGCGGAGAGUCUGGAACUUCCCGCGUCCUUUAGAAUUGAUGCGCGCCCGAAAUCUGGGUGACCCGAUGGUUAAUGAAUGAGAUGAUGAUAUGGCAAGCGAUCUUGGGAUAGCGUGUUUGAAAAUUUACACACUGUUGAAUCAACC